ACGAAAAUAUUCAAAAAGCUUUUAACCCUUCCUUCCGCAGCCCUUCCCUGCUGUGGUUCUAGCCGCCCUCCGGUGAUUUUUUGAAGCUUUCUUUUUCUGAUAUUUUCGCCGGGUUUUAUUAUACAUCGGCGGUGGUCUCGGUUGCCUGGAAUUGAUUUUAAGGGGAAAAUGGCGGGAAGGGGUAAGAUACUGGGAUCUGGGGCAACGAAGAAAGCCGCAUCGAGGAGUAGCAAAGCUGGUCUUCAAUUUCCCGUCGGACGUAUUGCUCGUUUCUUGAAAGCCGGAAAAUAUGCUGAACGUGUCGGUGCCGGUGCUCCUGUCUACCUCGCCGCCGUCUUAGAAUACCUUGCCGCUGAGGUGUUGGAAUUGGCGGGGAACGCGGCCAGGGACAACAAGAAGUCCCGGAUCGUUCCACGGCACAUCCAGCUGGCGGUCAGAAACGACGAGGAACUCAGCAAAUUGUUGGGUGCCGUUACCAUUGCCAAUGGUGGUGUCAUGCCCAACAUUCACAAUCUGCUUCUCCCCAAGAAAGCUGCCGGGUCCAAAGCCGACGCCGGCGACGACAACUGAUCGGAAUAUUUCCUUUUCUUAUACGUUCCCGGCAGACCAAAUAAUUGUUGGUAACUGUUUAAUUAUAGAGAUGUUUUUCUUGGAUCCUUUGUAGUUUGUCAGUACGAAAUGUGAAUAUCUUUUCUUUCCAUUAAAAGGAAUCUUAUCUCCUGGUAUCUGUGUGUGGCGGGCUUUGAUAUUCGGAUCCGAGGUUGUUAACGACGAUAGGGGUCUCUAUUGUAAGCACAAAAAAGAAAAAUUAUUAAUUUGCAGCCA